AUGUCGCCACACAGUGAUACGCAAGAAACUACGGAGGGGAUGACUCGCUCCAGUCAACCGAACAACCUCAUUUGUUUGACUAUCACGGCCUUCAAAAAGCCAUCUCUCAGUGACGAAGAGUACAGACACCACAUGACUAAAGUCCAUGCUAAACUCGUUAGUCCUUUGAUGGAGGAGUAUGGCAUUGUUCGCUACACCAUGGCACACAACACAAAGGAGACACGCCCGAUGCUGUAUCAGCUCUACGAUCCACAGUUCUCCCAUCAAUCUGACUAUGAUUGUAUCGUACAGUUCAUCUUCAAGGAUAUCUCGGACUUUCAGCGUAUGAAAGCGGAUCCACGUUUCCUCGAAAAAGUUGCGCCGGAUCAUGUAAAUUUCGCUGACACUAAGCGAUCAACUAUGACUGUUGGGUAUUUUGAAGAAUUUGUUAAUAAUGGCAAGGUCGUUGAUAAGGACUAA